AUAAUUAGAAGAAAAUGGUGUUUCGGCGAAGCCCGGAUGGUACCUGUUUGACGAUGGGAUUAUGCCAAUUUUCUCUCUCGCUCUCCCAUCCGCCGCCCUUUCUCCUCCUCCCUCCACGAACCACGAAUCCCCCUGGCCCCGAUUCGCGGCCUUCCUCCUCCGGCGCGGCAGCGGGAAGAAGAAUCCGGCGCUCCGAGCCUCCUUGCGGCUGGAGGUUUCCACAUGGUUGGUCUCGGUCGGUAAUAGAUCUUCCCAGUGUUGGUCGAGGCAUUGGCAAUGAAUGGGCAAUGGCGGGAUCUGAAUGUCAUGUCAGUUGUGGGGGAUUUCUUGCCCUAGUCCGUUUGGGACUAGGGCUCAAUCAAACAGCGGGAGUCUAGUUCGUCAAUCUCCUACUCGGGCAGAGAUCGGCUUUGCUUUUAUUUAUUACUCCUAUAUAGGUACAUACACCAGGAAGACGAUUAUUUCUAGCAAGAAUAGCUGCUUGUUAACUAGGGAUUAGAGGUGGGGUUUUCACAAGGAGGAACUACAACUCUGCUUUUGGGGUGCUGCUGCUGCUGCCUUCAGUGAUUCAGCAGCAUGAUUUUGACAGUGUGAGAGGUUUGAGCAAGAAUAAGUUGGGGUUUCUUCUUUGCCAAUAAGGGGAUUCGGGAUUUGAGUCCUGGACAGCUGAAGGAUCUCAGGAUCAGGAUAAGUUAACUGCAAGUAGUUUUCUUAGUAAAUCUCUGAAGGAUCAGAUCAGGAUAAGUUGAUAGCAAGGGGAGUAGUUUGCUUAAUAAAUCUCACCAUCCAGUAGCACUGAUGGAGCUCCCACAGGACAUUUUGAUGAGCAUCUUUAGCACCCUGGAGAUCCUUGACCUCAUUCGGGCCGGUUCCGUCUGCAACUCUUGGCGAUCUGCGUACACAAGUAUAUGCAGCCUUGGACACUGCAAGCCGCAGCAGACACCAUGCUUGCUGUACACAUUUGAGUCUGACGGCACCAAGGCGACAGGUCUCUACAGCCUAGCGGAAAAGAAGGCGUACAUGUUGACUCUCCUGGAUCCGGCAUUGCCUAGUAGGUUUAUCAUCGGAUCCAGCCAUGGCUGGAUUAUCACCGCCGACGAGAGGUCUGAGUUGCACCUUGUCAACCCCAUCACCGGCAAGCAGAUCGCCCUGGCACCUGUCACCACCAUUGAGCAGGUGAAGCCCAUCUUCGACGAUUCCGGUGCUGUCCACAAGUACAAGUACUCAUGGUAUACAGGACAGAUGACGGUUUCCGACUCACCCUCGAUCCUUGCUCCGGAUGAGCUGCGGAAUUUUCUUUUCAGCAAGGCGAUCGUGUCUUCUGAUCCAUCUGGGGGAAACUUUAUUGUGGUGCUCAUCCACAAUCCUCAUUUGCAGCUCUCGAUUGCGAGACCAGGGGAUGAUAAGUGGACCUGGCUGCCGCCACACAAAGACUAUGAGGACUGCAUAUUCCGGGAUGGGUUGUUGUAUGCCUUGACAUCAGCAGGAGAAAUUCAUGAGUAUGAUCUCAGUGGCCCGGCAAUCGCACGGAAGAUAGUCCUGAACAAGGUGAAGGGCUUUGCAUGCGAGAACAUGUACAUUGUCCGAACUCCGUGUGGUGAUCUAUUGCAGGUGUGGAGAUCGUACGAUCCGCUGGAUGACGAGGAUGAAGAUGCAUCGGAUGACCUCGAGGCAGACCAUGAUGAUGAGUCUUAUGUUUGGAAUACCACCAUGAUCAAAGUACACAAGGUUGACUUGGUAGCGAGAAUGCUCGUGGAAGCAUGCGACUUGGGUGAGAAUGUGCUGAUUCUUGGGCACAACCAAUCGCUUUGUCUCCGUGCUGAUGAAUAUCCUCUGCUGAAGGCGAAUCAUGUCUACUUCAGUGAUGAUAGAGAGCUCUAUAUUAAAGGAUGCAAGAAUGGCUGCCGUGAUAUUGGAGUGUUCAACCUGGAAAACAACUGCGCUGAGGAAAUUGUGUCACUUCAGCUUUGGUCGAACUGGCCUCCCCCUGUUUGGAUGACACCCAAUGCUAGAAAAAUAAGUUUGGAAACGCACAGUUUGUGAUGUUAUAGUAGUUCCGGUCAUCUAUGUAUGUACUCUGGUGUUCAAACAUAUAUGGAUAAUGUGCUCAAGAUUUAUUAUAAUUCUGAUGAAUGAAUUGAUGUAUAUAGCAUGAGUUUGUCCGACUACAGCAUUUAUCAGAUUUUCGUGAUAAUAAAUUUAGUUUCAUCUGUUCUUGGA